AUGGCCAUGGACAUGGAUAUUAUCACCUGCUGCUACUGCUGGUUUGAUUUUGGUAUGGAGGCUUUGUGUGAUCUUUGUAAGACAGUGAGGGCAGUUAUGUAUUGUAACUCUGAUGCUGCAAGAUUAUGUUUUCAAUGUGACUAUGGUGUGCACUCUGCUAACUCCUUAUCGCGCAGGCACCCGCGCUCCCUCCUCUGUGAUAAGUGUAGCUACCGCCCAGCAGUUGUCCGCCAGGUGUUUGAUAAAAUGUUUCUGUGUGAAAGUUGUGAUCUGAGUGAGAAUGAUUGGUCAUCAGGGCAUGAACGUGUUGAGGAGCUGAGUUUUUAUACUGGUUGUCCUUCAAGUGAGGAGUUUUUGAAGAUUUUGUCUCCGGUUCGUGGUGAAGAAGAUCCGAUCAUCAACCCUCGCUUUGGUCCGGUUAACAGUUUGAAUGUUGAUGAGAAUCUUGGAGGUGAUCAGAAUCAACGACUUGGAUGUGUGGCUUCCAGACUCAAUGAAUUAGCAUCAGCGUUGAGCUUCUUAACUGAAAAGGAUCCAAACCCUUUCUUCCCUAAUGGAUCAAACCUGACUAAGGAUGGCUCAAAUGUGAACAAUCUCGGGCUUCAUAAUGGUGAAGGUUUAUCUGACAAUGUUGCACUGAAUUUUAAAGAUGGUUUUGAGAUGUUUAGCUGUAUUCCUCCUGUUCAAACCAAACUCCCAUCCGAGGAUGGAAGUCUUGUGAUGGAGAAAAACUUAUCUGUUACCGAAUCAAACGGCUUCCCUAAUGGGCAAGUUCACUCAAACAUGCCACUUUCCCUAUCCAACAUUAUUGGAGAGAGUAGUGCUGCUGAUUGUGGAUUAUCACCAAUGUUUCUAACUGCCACUGGUGAAUCACCAUGGGAGCCUAACUUUGAAUCCACUCCACAAGCAAGAGAUCAAGCCAAGAUGAGAUAUAAAGAGAAAAAGAAAACACGAACGUUUGGUAAACAUAUAAGAUAUGCUUCUCGUAAAGCUAGAGCCAAUACUAGAAAGCGUGUAAAAGGUCGAUUUGUCAAGGCUGGUGAAGAGUAUGACUAUGACCCUCUUGUCACAACAGAUUGUGUGACAUCUUAA